GCAGUCUAGAUUGGUCGCACGAUAUAUUACGCGCCAAAUUUGUAAACAAUGUUGACAGAAAAAGCAUUAGAACUAAUUCGAGAAUUAAAGAGGAAUACUGAUGGGUCGUUACCACCAUAUAAAGAGGACAUUGUUCGUCAGGUCCUAGAAGAAAUGAGAGCUCUAUUUGAGCAUAACCGAAGGGACGUCAGCGCUACAGUGGCUGGCGAAACGGGUCUGUUUUCCGGGGUGCAGUUGAGACAUUCAGCUUUGGAAAGAAAUAAAAGAUGUUUGCUAGCAUACUUAUACAACCGUCUUUUCCAAAUCAAGAAGAUGCGGUGGGAAUUUGGAAGUGUUCUUCCCGCAGACAUUAAAUACAACUUGUGUGAGCAAGAAGUGCAGUGGUUUAAUCGAUACAAUAAAAUGUUGGCGAACUAUAUGCGCUCGAUAGGCGACUCUGACGGCCUUGACCUGACCCAAGACAUGAACCCGCCGAAAACUCUCUACGUGGAAGUGAGGUGUUUGGUAGACCACAGUGAGUUUGAAACUCAAGAUGGAACUGUCAUCGUAUUAAAGAAAAACAGUCAACAUUUUCUUCUCAGAUCAGAAUGUGAACAUUUAAUUCGACAUGGAAUAUUGGAACACAUCGUUCAUUCGUAAACUUAAACCGUCUUGCUCAUGGCAGCAAUUUAGCCAAUGUAAAUGUUUAAUACAGACUAAGCUAUUUUCCAAGAAAAUACUUCAUAGUUUUACACAAAUUGGCUAAAGAAAAUCGUUUUAACAUAAUGAUUGUUCAUCACAAUAUGUGAAGGAUUAAAGACAAUGUAAUUUGUAUUAAUUUAAUUAGAAAUUGGAAAAACUAAUGUAUUAAUUAAUGAACUAAAAUAUUGCUGUUAUUAUUUAAUAAAAUUUUCAUUAAUU